AUGAGUUUAAGAAGAGCAAAGCCACAAAACGUUGAGUUUAAAGCUGGUAAAGCAAAAUUAGAAGGUAAAACCAUUACAUCCGAUACUAGAAAAGGAACUUUGAAAUUCAGUAUUCAAGAUGAUUUAAUUUUCGUACAAUGGUUUGUCAGAGAUUCAAAGGAAGCGGAAGAUGAAUACUACUUGGCACCGGGUGAAUUGAUUUUCAAGAAAGUGAGCUCAUGCAAAGACGGAAGAAUGUAUUAUUUACACUUUAGUACAUCAGACAACAAAGAGUUCUUCUGGCUGCAAGAACCAAACCCAGAUAAUGAUACAAAGCUUGAAGAAGCAAUCGCUGCCAUCGCUGCAUAUCAACCAGAUGAUGAUGAGUCAAUGUCCACUGAGCCAACAACCACUACUACAUCAGCUACUCCUGCACCUGCGGCUACAACUACAAAUACAACACCAGCUUCAUCUGCACCUGCACCUACUACAACAUCUACUGCACCAACAUCAUCAUCAUCAUCAUCAUCAACAUCCGGUUUCGAUCCAAAUAACUUUAGUCAAUUAGCCAACUAUAUAGCCAAUUUUCAACCAACUGCAAAGAGUAGAUUGACAUUGAGUCAUGUUUUGACACCAGAGAAUCUUACACCUAUUGUCUCUGAUGAGACUGUGCAGAAGGAGCUACUCGAGUACUUGCCAGAGAACAAUAGAAAUACAAGUGAUAUCAUGCAGCUGCUCUACACACCACAAUUCCAACAGGCAAUCGAUCAACUUAACUACGCCAUCUAUGAUGGACAUGGAAACGACAUCAUUGCACAGAUGGGUUUGGAACCAUCGAUGAUCAUGAACAUCGAGAACUUUCUCAAUUGUAUCCAAGAGGGUACCAACAAAAAGAAAAAGAGACAAGAACAACAACAACAAAAAUAA